UUGUUUCAGAGAGAAUGAGUCAGUUGACGCAUGUGAACCAAGUGAGACUGCUCUACAAAUCUUGUUUAAAACUUCACAGAGGCCUUCCUUUACAUUUGAAAGCAAUUGGUGACACAUACGUAAAAGAUGAAUUCAGGCGACACAAAAAAGUUGAACCUGCUCAGGCAAAAAUGUUCAUGGAAGCUUGGGCGAGAUAUGCGAUAGAUUUAACCAAGCAGAUGGGAAUAAAGGGACCUCACAUGGCAAAAAAAUUAGGAAACCAACUAGGAGAAUCAGAUCUGGAGAAUUUCACUGAAGAACAAAUAGCUCAACUUUAUGAACUCUAUCAGGUCAUCAUAUAAAUCUAAAUAUCCAUCAGAGGCGUAUUCAGGGGCCCCAGACAAACUCCUGAAUACAAAUCCUGAUUUUCAUCAACAAUUCCAUUAAG